UUGCUUUUGGGGCCAAGAGAUCGUGUUCACUCGUAGGCUCGUAGCACGCUUCACUUGCCCUGUUGCUCGUCCUGGGCCCCUAACCUUACAAAUCUGUCCCUACUCUACUCUUAAAAAUGAAUUCUUAACAACCUUUUCCUACUCUGCGGGACCAUUGCCAUACAGGCCUGAUCUCGCCUAUAAAGAAACCUCUCGCAAACCCAAAUUUCAUCAAUUUGAUCACACGCAAUACACAAAGACAAGAUCACGAUUCACUAGACACAUCUAACACUGUCAGUGUAUCACCAACUGAUCAGCAGAUGGCAAGGCCUGGUGAUGUGCCGGUGCGGCAGGCAACUGCUCUCCUCCUGGCAUGCGCGCUUGCUCCUCUGCUUACGCUGCCGCUGCAGCCCUGCGCCGCCCAGCAGCCUCCCUCUCCCGGCUACUACCCGAGCGCCACGCUCAGGUCGCUGGCCUUCUCCGAGGCCUACCGCACCCUGUGGGGCCCGCAGCACCAGACCCUCUCGCCGGACGGCAGGUCCCUGACGCUGUGGAUGGACCGCAGCUCCGGCAGCGGGUUCAAGUCGGCGCGGGCGUACCGGAGCGGCUACUUCGGCGCCUCGGUCAGGGUGCAGCCGGGCUACACCGCCGGCGUCAACACCGCCUUCUACCUGUCGAACAGCGAGGAGUACCCGGGGCACCACGACGAGAUUGACAUGGAGCUGCUGGGGACGGUGCCGGGGGAGCCGUACACGCUGCAGACCAACGUGUACGUGCGCGGCAGCGGCGACGGCACCAUCGUCGGCCGGGAGAUGAGGUUCCACCUCUGGUUCGACCCCACCGCCGACUUCCACCACUACGCCAUCAUCUGGAACCCCGACCAGAUCCUGUUCCUGGUGGACGACGUGCCGAUCCGGCGGUACGAGAGGAAGACGGAGGCCACGUUCCCGGACCGGGAGAUGUGGGCGUACGGCUCCAUCUGGGACGCCUCCGACUGGGCCACCGACGGCGGCCGCUACCGCGUCGACUACCGCUACCAGCCGUUCGUGUCGCGGUUCGCCGACCUCAAGAUCGGCGGGUGCGCCGCGGACGCGCCGCCCCAGGGAUGCCGACCCGUGCCGGCGUCGCCGUCGGGGGCGGCGCUCAGCCCGCAGCAAGAGGCCGCCAUGCGGUGGGCGCAGCGGAACUCCAUGGUGUACUACUACUGCCUCGACUCGUCCAGGGACCGCGUGCUCUACCCCGAGUGCUGAAAGCCUGAAACCACUGCACUGCUGCACUGAGGGUCGUUGCAAUAUGCGAUUGCAACUCCCAAUCCAAACGAAACGCGUGUUUGGGCGCAACUUAGAAGGAAAAGGAUAGUUGAAAAGGAUGGAAAAUUGCUUGAAUGCGAAAGAAAUUAAUAAGUUAUGGUCUAAGAAAACGAAACAUGAAUUUGGUCGAAAGAAUUAUCAAGAAGAACAGGUAAAUGCCAGAUGUUACGUGUUCUA